UGGUUAAAACAAGCUCACCUGCCCUGAUGGUUAAAACAAGCCCACCUGCCCUGAUGGUUAAAACAAGCCCACCUGCCCUGAUGGCUUUAGGUCGCUACCAGAGAGGAGGGAGUUGCAGUACUGAAGUCCUGAGAAGAUAAAAGCAAGAAUAAGUUAUUCAGCUCAGCCCGGGAGAUGAUUGCUUUGAUUUUGGAGAUAGUUCUUGUUUGAAGGAAGCUGGACAACUUUAUAUUGUAUAUUCUUUACUCUACAUUUUCCCCAGAAGGGUUAUUUUAAUGUUCUUAAUAAAAAUGUAUGGGCAAGUGUUAAUAUUGAUUCCAGAUGUAUCACACAUUUAAAGAUGCACUUUUCACUGGCUGUAAUAAUAUAUUCAUUGUUUUUAUUUCCUAGGUACUUAUUUCCACUCAGUUUACUUCAAGAUGUUCUAUCCAUUAAAUCUGUUAAAAGGCAAUUGUUGAGGCUUAGAAGAAACAAACAUCCGACCAACUAUGUGAGCAGUGUGAUCUGAAAGCCAGUGAUAUAUUAUAGAGACACAGUAGAAUGAGGGAUAUUGAUAUUGGUGCACAUUCACAUAGACACCUCGUUGACUGAUAAUGCUGAAGACUCAUAUUCCACGUUUGCUGUGGUCUCUUCAGGACAUUGAGGCCUUCUACUCGUCUCUGACCUGCUUCACGAGCUUAGACGAGCUCUUUCCUCCGGCAACCACUGUCUUCAUGGUGGGGAACCCGUACUACGGUGCCAUGGGCGAGGUUCAAGACUCGAGCGACGUCAUUAAAGACGGCCGGGUGCGAGUCGUCUUCAACGUGCCGCACGAGCCACAGCUGGAGCCCUUGAUUCACAAUCAGCAUAAGUACUGUGUGAAGUACAGUCCCGGAUACUUUCUGGCAUCUCGUCUCGGCAUCACCAGCUACCUCGUGUCCCGCUUCUCAGGAAGCAUCUUCAUCGGCAGAGGCUCUAAGAAGAACCCCUGUGGGGAGCAGAAAGCUAACGUUGGCCUCAACCUGAAGUUCAACAAGAAGAACGAGGAGGUUCCUGGAUACACGAAGAGAACCGAAAAGGAGUGGCUCUACUCUGCUGCUGUGGAGGAGCUGCUGGCCGAAUACCUCGACAGAUUUUCUGAAGUAUUCAACUUAGUGUCCAGAAACAGUCACGACGAUGUUUUCUAUGAAGAUGACAUCUGGCCUGCAGAGGACCAGAAUGGGGCGGAGAAGGUUGCUGAGAUCACCUCGUGGUUGAAAGGUCACCCGGUGAGCUCCAUCGGCAGGACGUCAUGUGACCUACAGGUGCUGGACUCUGCCAUCGUGGAGAGGAUCGAGGAGGCGGUGGAGAAAGCCAAGGUGAAGAAGAGCACCAAGAAGGUCCGUGUGACAGUCAAGCCUCAUCUCCUCUUCAGGCCCUUGGCACAGCAGCAGGGGGUGGUUCCAGACCCGGAUUCAGAGUAUCGCCUGUUCGACAGAGUCAUCAACACCAGGGAGAGCUUCUCCGUCCCUCUGGGGCUCAGGGGAACAGUCAUCGGCAUCAAAGGAGCGGAGCGUGAGGCAGAGGUUCUCUACGAAGUGAUCUUUGAUGACGAAUUUGCUGGAGGUCUCAACAUCAGGUGUGCGUCCCCUCGUGGUUACCGCCUCCCCCCCUGCGCUCUCAUUAACUUUUCCCACGGAGCGCGAGUGGAUCACAACUCCCAAAAACUCACCGCCAUCAUCAAACCUCAGCCGACCACAGCCGCCAACUUCAACUCCCAACGGCAGCCGCCCGGUCUGAACCACUCUCCACGUUCCCCCUUUACACCGGCACAGCAUAACAAUAAACACAGUGGGGGGAAGGCAGCCUCCCAGGGCAACAGGAGCUCUCCCUCUAAGGGUCCCAUCCAGAAACAACAGGCCAAGGAGUACAACAACGUGUGGCAGUCUCUGCAGAACUCUGGUCCUCCUCUCAACCCUCCUGCUCAUUGGCACAAUGAAGGACUUGUCCAACAGGGGAAGAACCAGCAGUCCAACAAUGCCGUCCCAGUUACCGGAAUCAGACUGUUGAAGAAAAAUGAAGACGCCAACUCCCUUUUCCCCCCACAGAGCACAGCCAAUAAGGCUUCGUCUGAGUUUGAGGAGCUGAUAGCCAGUCUGAAGAUCUCCACGGGUAGCCAGCAGACUCCUCCCCCUCCUGCUCCUCCACCAGCACCCAGCAGCCAAUCAGACGGCCCGCUGUCCCCGCAGUCCUUCGCCAUGAAGGGAACCCUGAUGCUGAAGGAAAUGCUAAAGAUUGACGGCGCUGGAACAGGAAGUCCUUCUUCUCAGGAGGCCGCUGACACCGGCAGCCAGCAGCACAACAGGCGACGGUCGUCCAAGAAACUAGCAGCAAAUAUGAGCGCCCCCCACGGUGACUCCGCUGUGAUGGCUUCCCCCCCCAUUGGCCGGCCCUGCCAACCUCUCCAGCGCCGUGCUGACCAGUAAGGUGUCGGAGCUGGCGUGUGUCUGUGUGGGGUUGGGAAUGGCUCCACCCGAUUUCAGCUACAUAGGCAGUAGACAG